AUGGGUCAGAGCAACGAUCAGCAAUAUGAACCCGAGGAAGAACGCCGAUUGGACGAACGCGAGGAGCAGCACGACAACAGGAGCGACGAGAGUCACAGCCAUGGCUCUCAAAGCAACGGCCACGGUGCACCCAUUGCGCCCGCAGCACCGCCAACCGUGGUGGCCCGGCUGCAGCACGAGUCAGACUGGACGGUGCAAGCCACGGCCACGCUACUGCAGCAGGUGGCUCCGAGCUUUGCGGUCCUCGACCCGAAAACCAAGGUGAACGUGCUGCUGUGUCUCUUCCACAUGCGCCACCACCAGCUCGAGGCAAGCCUGUGUCAGGAUAUGAUCCACGCAGCAAAAGUCGACAGAUCAGAUUGGGUGCGGACCACGGCACGCAUCCUUGAGCCAUACCUUGAGCAGCGCAGGCUCAGCCACAACCUGAGCAAGUACAGCCAGUGGUUUUCUGACUGCGUUCGAUCGUGCGUUCAUGCUGCAGAGGAGGUUUCCCUCCCCGCCCGCGACAACACGCUUGUCAGCGCGCUUCUGCACCCAGAUGUGGCUGCGCUCUCACCGGCCUUCCAAGGCAACAGCAACGAGGCCGAGCACGCCCCAAAGGAUCAGCAGCACUUUCGCCUCAAGAAGCCCUUUGGCUCGCUCGAGGCCUUGUACCGGAAGACGGCGGCGGCUGCCGCCCGAACCACCACACACACCACAGCGCGGUCCCUUCGCCGUAACCGUACCGGCAGCACCGGCGGCACAGCCAUGCCGUCCUUCCUGCGCAAGCCAAGCGUCGGCACGUCCAAGAUGCGCCCGCCCAUCAUCGGUGCGCGGGACUCGGCAGGGGCCAGCGCAGCGUCAUCGUCGUCCGUGCCGUCGUCGACCGGGCCAGGCCAGGCGGGGCGGGGCGGCCCGCAGCGCACGCACAGUGGCGGCAUUCGCACACUCUCCUUCGAAGAACUCAACGCCAAGAUGAAGCAGCACGAGCAGGACAAGAAGAAGACCCGCGGUAAGCGUGGUAAGCAGGCACAGGCACAGGCAAAAGCGCAGGCUACCAACGACAAGCCUGCAGUCACCACCGCACCUCAAACAUCAGCCGCAGCCACAAGCAGUGCACGGCCAACAAGCGCUGACACAUCUGCGCCAUCCCUCAACACCAGCGCGGCUGCUGACACUGCCGGCCCAGCCGCAGCCUCGGCGCGCGUGCCCGUGCCGACUGCGGGUGUCUCGCAGCCCUCGGGCGGUGCGAGUGGUGGUGAGGCACAGCCAGGCAUAGGGAAGCGGACUACCGGCGCUGGUGUUGGUGGAGCGAAGCGGCGAACACACGAACGUGAAGGAGAGGAGAAACGCGCAAAGACCACGGACACCGGCGUGCCGGCGACAGCGCCCCCCUCCAUGGCUCAUGCACACGCAGCGCCAUCUGCCACAACGCAACCACCCCAGCAUGCUGCGGCGCUACACCCUCCUGGCCAUGUUGGACAACAACAACAACAACAGCAGCAACAACAACAACAACAACAACAACAACAACAACAACAACAACAACAACAACAACAACAACAACAACAGCAGCAGCAGCAGCAGCAGCAGCAGCAACCGCGGGCCGCACCGAUGAUGCAGCCGCCCUCGGGGUACACUGCGGUGCCACAAACGCAACAACGGCAGCAGGCAUCACUGCCUCAUCAGCCAGUUCAUCAGCCACAGCAGCCUGUGCCAGGUGCGAGUGGAGCGGGGCAGGGCAUGUUGGCGGCUGGGGCGACGUCGGCUGGCCAGUCGGGUGUGCCGGGCUACGACAUGCCUGCGCUCAUGCAGCAGCACCUGCGGCAGCAGCAGUUGCAGCAGUAUCAGCAGCAUUUGCAACAACAAGCGCAGCUGCAGCAACAGCAACAGCAGCAACAACACCCGCAACCAACACAGCAGCAACUGCUAGCACAGCAACGGAUGCAGCUGCAGCUGCAACAACUCUACGGGCAGCGCGCGCCACAGAUGAUGGCUUCGCCAGCUCACCUCUACGCUGCAAUGCGGCAGCAGCAACAGCAACAGCAGCAACAGCAGCAACAGCAGCAACAACAUCAACAACCACAGCAACAGCUGCAGCAGCAGCAGCAACCAAGUCCGCAACAGCUGCAACGGUUGCAGCAAUUGUAUCAGCUGCAGCAGUUGCAGGCGGCCGGGAUGGCGCCUGGCGGGCAGCUGCAGCCCAUGUCGCAAGUGCAUGCGCCACCGUCCACAGCAGGACCAAGUUCCACUAUGGGCGGGCUUGAUCUACUGCUGCGCGCUGCUGAGCAGCAGGAGGCAGCAGCCCUACCGGCCCACAGUCAACAGCAGCAGCAGCAACAGCAGCAACAGCAACAGCUACGGUAUCUCCAACACCAGCAGCAACAACGUCUCCUGCAUCAGCAACAACAACAACAGCAGCUUGGGGUUGGGGCCCCAGAUGGCGCUCAUGAGCAGCGCCACAUUGCCGCGCUGCUCAGCACGCUGCCUGCAGACCAACAGGCCCUCUUCACACAGCGCAAUCGCCUUACGCUGGCCAAGCUGCGGCAAAUCAUGGCGCACAUCAGUGGUGCGGGACAGGUGCAUGUGGGUGCUGAGGGCGGCCGCGCAAAACAGGUGGUCGUCGUGCACGAGGAGGAACAGGAGACGCCGCGUGGCCGAAAGCUACAGCAAACCGUGAUUGAGCUUGAUCGCAGUACAGGCGGCUGGCGUAGACUCACCCGUCUACGCAAACUCUGACAGAGGGUGUAUAUGUGUGUGUGUGUAUGUGUGUGUGUGUGUGUGUGUUGUGUGUGUGUGUGUGUGUGUGUGUGUGUGUGUGUGUGUGUGUGUGUGUGUGUGUGUGUGUGCACCUGCCUGCUUCUCGGGCUGUUUUCUACUCGACUUCGUGUGUUUGGAGUGUGUCUGUUGUGCGUACUUUCCCUCGCUAACCGUUGUUGUUCUCACAGAAGUCGUCCACUGUACGUAGCUCAACCAUCAAUACAAGCGAACGUG